GCAGGUUGUGUGUGCCUCUACUGCUGAGCUCAGUCAUUCUGUCAGUGUGUGUGUGUGCGUGUGCGUGUGUGUGUGUUCAGACAUGAAGAGGAGACUCCUGCUGGUGUCUAACUCCACCCUGCACGGCAGCGGCUACCUGGACCACUGUCAGCAGCACAUCUCUCACUUCUUCGGAAAAGAUGUGAAGAGGGUCCUGUUUGUUCCUUAUGCUCUCCAUGACAGAGACACCUACACCAAGACUGCUAGGGACAAGUUUAAGACUCUUGGUUAUGAGGUGGAGAGCAUCCACGAGGCUUCAGACCCUGUUGACGCUGUCCGGAGAGCUGAAGGCAUUUUUAUAGGAGGAGGAAACACUUUCCGGCUGCUGAAGAGUCUCUAUGACAACAAGGUGGUGACAGAGAUCAGGAGGAGAGUUCUCGAGGACGGUGUCCCCUACAUGGGCUCCAGUGCCGGGACCAACGUCGCCACCAUCAGCAUCAACACCACCAACGACAUGCCCAUUGUCUACCCUCCAUCCUUCUCUGCCAUUGGCCUUGUUCCCUUCAACAUCAACCCCCAUUAUCUGGACACAGACCCCAGCAGCCGUCACAUGGGGGAGACCAGAGAGCAGAGGAUCACACAGUUCCAUGAGGAACCUGAUACUCCAUGUGUUCUGGGUUUGAGGGAGGGAUCCAUGUUGCUGGUGGAGGGAAACAAAGCCACACUACUGGGAACCACUAAUGCCAGGCUCUUUACCAGGGGAAAGUCCACAGUGGAGUACAACCCUGGUUGUGACCUGAGCUUCCUGCUGACAGAUGCACAUUAACCAGUCAGAGGGAAGCAGGAUGUCAGGAUGUCACUUCCUGUCUAGUCUCCAUUCAUUUCUUUGAUCUGUCUUUCUGAAAAACAAAGAAGCAUGUUCAAUCUGAGGCAAAUUGGCUUCAAAUUUAAACCAUCAUGAAUUUAACAAACAUCAACAUUUUUUUUAGCAUACGAAAAACUACAACUUCCAUGUAAUUGAUCAGCGCUGCAGCAUGCGUACUUCUGUCAUCAUAAAGUGGUUUCACAAACACUUAUAUCUAUUAUUAAGCUUUUUAGCUGAUUGGUUGGGCUGUCUAUAGAUUUCAUUACAGUCAUUCCUAAGCAAUUCACCCAGAGACACUUUGUCAAGUUGUGACAUUCAGUCUGUGAGUUUAUGGGGAAUAGUGUUCACUAUAGCAAUCAAUCAAUCUUUAUUUGUAUAGCGCCAAAUCACAAGAGUCAUCUCA